GCGCUCUCCCGCCCCGUCCCUUUCCCGCGCGCGCUUCCGCGCUCCGGGGCUGCGGUUGCCCUGUGGGAAGUGACGGGGUACGUCAAGCGGAAGUGACGCGCGUCGCGUGCAGGCCCGGACCGGUGCGGGGGGGUUUGGACAAGAUGGCUGGAUCCACAGUUAAAGUACCUCGUAAUUUUCGCUUGUUGGAAGAACUUGAAGAAGGGCAGAAAGGAGUAGGUGAUGGUACAGUAAGCUGGGGCCUUGAAGAUGAUGAAGAUAUGACACUCACCAGAUGGACAGGAAUGAUUAUUGGGCCACCAAGGACAAACUAUGAAAACAGAAUAUACAGUCUGAAAGUAGAGUGUGGACCUAAAUAUCCAGAAGCACCUCCUACAGUUAGAUUUGUAACUAAAAUUAAUAUGAAUGGAAUAAAUAAUUCCAAUGGAAUGGUGGAUGCACGGAGCAUACCAGUGUUAGCAAAAUGGCAAAAUUCUUAUAGCAUUAAAGUUGUACUUCAAGAGCUAAGACGUCUAAUGAUGUCCAAAGAAAAUAUGAAGCUUCCACAACCUCCAGAGGGACAAACUUACAACAAUUAAUUUUAGCUGAUUCUCAAACUUCUGUCUUAAAACAACAACCUUCUACUCAUGUUAAUGUCUUGAUUAAAUCUCACAAUGCAAACACCCACACAUUAAAAGAAUUUCAGCUGGUAUACAUGACCUGGACAUUUGUAAGAAUAUAUAUAAUAUAUGUAUGCCCAAUAUGUUUUCAGGCACUAUGGGAGAAAAAGGCAGCACAAUUUUUUUUUCUCUUAUCGAGGCACUGUCAUUUAAGCAUAAGCCUGAAAUAGCCUAAAAUAGGAAUUCAGGUUUUACAAGAUGAAAGCAUGACAGAAAGUGUCAGAUUGCUGUGGAAUAAUAUAUGUUUCCAAAAAUAAUCUCUUGAGAAGGCAAAAUAUAAAUGGCAUGCUUUAUCCAUCUUGCUUAGUAAAAGAGCUGCAGUUAGAUUUGUUUCAAAGUAGCAGGUACAGUGAUACCAUUGCUCAUCUUGUUUAAUUUUGCAAGGGUGUGGGUGCCGACUACUAGUAGUGUCACAAAGUAUGUUCAGGAUUGUUUUGAUACCUGUAUUUAUAAAAUGGGGGGAUUAAUUUCUGUUAAGCAGCUCCUGUGUGUUACAUGUAUUGGACAUGGCAAAUAUUUGUUUACAGUCUUUGUUCUAAUAAACCAUGCAUUUAAGUUUUAGUGAAACAAAGGAAAUGUAUGGAUAUGUGAUUGAGAUUAAAGUUAGUCUUAAAAUGUAAAUAAAAUGUGGAAAGUGUC